AUGACUAAGAGAAUUCAUUUUGAUCCUCCUUCGGAUGGAUUUUUAGACUUCCAAACUGCAGAUGAUUACUGCACGUCAUAUUCUUUACCAUUCUGGAUGUGCAGAUCACCAACAGAUUCUGUCUAUGAACUUUCUCGUUUGCUCUCACCCAACCAUUCAACAUCUUCUCCAUCGUCCUCAAGAUUUCAAGCAAAAGAAGAUGGUAGAGAAGUGCUGAUGGAGCUAAUAGAAAACAUGCCCGAGUCAUCCUACGAAUUGUCCCUCAGAGACAUUAUAGAUUACCAGCAAAACCUCGAAGAAGAGGCGCAAGAGGAGCUGAUGAUCAUGGAAAGAGAUUCAGUCCCUAACGCUAAGGUUGUCGUGAAAAAGAAUACAAAUUCGAGCACAAGAGUUCAGUCCUCACAAAGCGGAAGCAAUAGUAUGAACAUCAGAGUUUUCUUGUUAAAGAUAUUAAUCCCAGUGCCUCUUGGUUUCAAGGCAAAGGGAGGCAAUAAAAGAAGUUCCUCAAGGAUUACUUCAAGAUCAUCAUUUGAUGGAUCUGAGAAACCAAUGGCAAAGGUUCGGUACACGAUGAAAAUGGCCUUUUCAAAGAAAAGGGAUAGCAAGAAAUGUGAGAGUUUGAACAAAAGCAUAAAUAACAAUAGAACCAGCAAAAGCAGGGCUUCAUGCCCUACUUAG